AUGACUCUCCAGUGGACUGUGGUGGCUAUCUUCCUUUAUGUGGAGAUAGCUGUCAUUCUGAUCCUUUGUCUGCCUUUUAUAUCUGCCAAAAGAUGGCGAUCACUGUUCAACCUGAGUGUAUGGAACUGGUUUGCUCCGUAUUGGAACAGGGGAUUCUUUACCAUGAUACUCAUCCUCAUCAUUCUCUUCUGUGAUGCUCUGAGAGAGGUGAGGAAGUACUCCAAUGCAGAGCCCAUGGGAGAAGCCAAGCUGAACCCCAACUUGUUUGACCACCUCCACAUGAAGCUGUUCAGAGCCCAGAGGAACCUCUACAUCUCUGGCUUCUCCCUCUUCCUCUGGCUUGUGAUGCGGCGUGUGGUGACUCUGAUAAACCAGGUGGCCAUCGCUACGGUAACAGGGACCAGCCUGCAAACCCAGGCGGAGAGCGCCAAUCAGGCAGCCAAGAAGUACCAGGAGGACAACCUGCUUCUGAAACAGGCUCUGCUGGAUGAGGAGAAAAACACAACUGCAGGCAAACGGCUACUGAGGAAGGAGGCAGAGAAGUUGAUGGAGGAACUGAAGACUGCAGAGGAUGCUGUGCGUAAGUCUAACGCUGAGGUGGAGGCCAUGAAGAGGCAGGCUAACGGUCUGACAAAGGAGUAUGACAGACUGUUGACAGAGCACAACGAACUACAGGCUCAAUAA